GAGCCCGCCUGUCCUGCUGACAGAGAGCAGGAAACUUUGAGCUGUCAAAACACCUCGCGAGCACGUCACUUCACUUAUGAUCCCCGUUUGCACAACUUACACCAUUUCUGCUGCCGUUUUGUCCGCAGACUCAGUUUUAAAGCGAGAAAAAUGUCAGGUAGCCCAAAAUUCGUGAGUCCUUUCCACAGACCGCACUGUUUAUCCGCCGCUGCGCCCGCCGGACAAGCCAAACUCACACACCCUGGAAAGGCCAUUUUAGCUGGUGGGAUUGCUGGGGGGAUUGAAAUCUGCAUCACAUUUCCUACAGAGUAUGUGAAAACUCAGCUCCAGCUAGAUGAGAAGGCAAACCCGCCUCGCUACAAAGGCAUUGUGGACUGCGUGAAGCAGACGGUGCGGGGUCAUGGGGUGAAGGGUCUGUACCGGGGUCUCAGCUCUCUGCUUUAUGGCUCAAUUCCUAAAGCUGCGGUGAGGUUUGGGGUGUUUGAGUUUCUCAGUAAUCAGAUGCGGGAUGAAUCUGGGAAGCUGGACAGCACUCGCGGGUUAAUCUGCGGUUUGGGUGCAGGAGUAGCGGAGGCUGUAGUCGUGGUCUGUCCCAUGGAGACUGUAAAGGUCAAAUUCAUCCAUGAUCAGACGUCUGCCAACCCAAAAUACAGAGGAUUUUUCCACGGUGUGAGGGAAAUAGUCAGAACACAAGGACUCAAAGGAACAUAUCAGGGUUUGACAGCGACCGUCUUGAAGCAGGGCUCAAACCAGGCCAUCCGAUUCUACGUGAUGACCGCUCUGAGAAACUGGUACAAAGGAGAUAACCCUAAUAAGAGUAUUAACCCUGUGGUAACCGGGCUGUUUGGAGCCAUCGCUGGAGCCGCCAGCGUGUUCGGAAAUACGCCGCUGGAUGUGAUUAAAACUAGAAUGCAGGGAUUGGAAGCUCACAAAUAUAAGAGCACGGUCGACUGCGCCAUCAAAAUCAUGAAAUAUGAAGGACCGGCUGCAUUCUACAAAGGCACUGUGCCCAGGUUAGGUCGGGUGUGUAUGGAUGUGGCCAUAGUGUUCAUAAUCUAUGAAGAAGUUGUUAAAGUUCUUAACAAGGUGUGGAAGACGGACUGAUGGAGCUCUGAUGACAUCACAGCGGUGCGACAAAACAAAAGCGUUUACACAGCGGCCAAAACACCUGCUCACAGCAGAGGAAAAUCACUGGAUUGUGCUUAAUUAAUGACCUUAAUGCAAUCAACACACACACACAUACUUGUAUAUAUGGUUUACGAGGACUCUCCAUAGGCAUAAAGUAUUUUAUACUGUAAACGAAACGCUUAUUAUAUGGCCACUAUCCAUAAACGGCUAAUUCUGAACGUCACAAGAUCUGAUUUUCAAGUGUUUUGAAUUACGAGGACUCAAGGCAUGUCCAUGUAAACAUCUUUAAAGGGAUAGUUCACCCAAUUCUGAAGGUUUCCUGUUAUUUACUCACCCACAAGUCAUCCAAAAUGUACUUUGUUCUCCAGUAGAACGAUAAUGAAGAUUUUUAACUGAAUCUGUGUUUCUUGGGGAUUCAUAUAAUGGCAGUGAAUGGUGACAGGUUUUUUAGACUAAAAAUAAACAUACAAACGAGUCCAAAUCAAUAGCCGUGACUCCUAAUGACACACUGAGGUCUUGUGAAGCGAAACAAUCGGUCCGUGUAUGAAAGUGAACACUAUUUACUAUGUUAUUAGCUUUAAUCCACUGCCUGCUCAAACAGAUCAUGUAGUCCGGUCACUUAUGAUGACGAAAGAAUGACCAGGCUGUGGAUUAAAACUAAUUUACCUCCGUCAUAUCACCAAGAACCACAGAUUCAGCUCAGAAGCUUCUUUAAUGUUUUACUGAACACAAAAAUACAUCUUGGAUGACCUGUGGGUGAGUAAACUAACAGAAAAUGUUCAUUUUUGCGUGAACGAUCCCUUCAAGAGAGUACAACUUGGUCAUACCUAUGUCAUUUUACAAUUUUGUGUCCUCGUAAACCACAUAAACAAGUAAACACACACACACAAACAAAGAUUCCCCUGUCUGAUUUAAAGAAAACCAACAUCAAGAUAGCAAAUACUAGGGUUUCACCCCCAAACAAUCUAAUAUUAUUUUUAAUAAACAUAAUCUUUUAUAGAAAGAACGACACAGGAUUCACUCAGAUUUUAUUUUUAUUUUUUUAAACAACAUUUAGAGUAGUAUCAUUAAAAAAACACAUCAUUCCAGUUUUAACAAUAUUAUUUU